AUCUCUUCUACCUUCUUCUUUGUCUGCUUCUUUUUGUUUAUUCAACUGAAAAGUCAUCGUGCUGCAGCGGAGGGUGGAGAUACUGUUUCUUUGGGCGUCUUCAUUACCGGAAAUCAGACAAUAAUUUCAAGGAAUGGCACAUUUGAAUUGGGAUUCUUCAGCCCAAAUGGAACCUAUAACUGGUAUAUCGGCAUCUGGUAUGCUAAUAUGACAGAGAAGACGAUCGUUUGGGUGGCUAACAGGGAGAAACCCGCGAGAAACAGAUCUGGCGUUUUGAAGCUGUCAAAAGAAGGUGAUCUGGAACUGUUCGAUGCAGAGGGCGCAUCCCUUUGGUCGGCCGACAUAUCGAACAAGGCCUCCCGAGCUGUGAUAUUAGGUUCUGGUAAUUUGAGUUUCGACUAUCCUGUUGACACUGUGUUGCCAGGGAUGACGUUCGGUCGACAACAAAAGCUAGUCUGUUGGAAAAGUUCAAUCGAUCCUGCUCCUGGGCUUUUCUCAUAUCAGCUGGAUCCAUCUGGGGCCACACAAUUCGUGCUAACAUGGAACAAUUCUGUACGGUACUGGGGUACCGGAACUUGGGACGGCAAUGUCUUCAGUCAAGUUGCAGAAAUGAAAAACACAUCCUUCUACAAUAUCAGCGUUGAAAACACUAACUCUGGUUUGUAUGUCACUUAUACAUCUAUCCAGGAAGUUCGUUUCGUCCUAGUUAAUUCUGGAGAAAUAGAGCAAUAUGCUCAGCUCGAUGACGGUAAAUGGAGCAUGUUCUGGUCGCAACCAAGAGAUCAAUGCGCCGUAUAUGGUUUGUGUGGCGCUUACGGAAGCUGCAACUCCAACAAUAUUCAGUUCUGCAGCUGCGUGGAAGGUUUCACCCCCACAGACACCCACGCCUGGGAUACGGGAGAGUCGUGGUCCAGUGGCUGUGUUCGGCAGAGCCCCUUAAACUGCGAUGCCAAAAAGGGCAGCACGGACGGAUUCCUGGAGACGAGCGUCACGUUGCCUGAUGUUGGUUCGUCUUCCUCAUACCCUGCAACCUCAAAAAAAGAUUGCCAGAAAGCCUGCCUCCUCAAUUGCUCGUGCACUGAGUUUACAUUCAAUCCGUCUUCAGGACUCUGCCAAAUCUGGUACGGAGAUUUGUUAAACAUGCGUAACUCUCUUCCGUCAAAAAGCAAUUCUAAUGUUUAUAUUCGAGUAGGUGCCUCUGCACUUCCAACGACUGAUCCACCAUACUUCCCAAAACGCAUAAUCACAUUUAGUGUUGGUGCUCUGGCGGUUGCAUUGGCUAUCUUUUCAGUUUUAAUGUGGCGGAGGCAUUGGCUACGAUCAAUGGAAAGGCUUGCAGAUUCCUCGAACUCUUUUCUUAGAAUGUUUAGCUACAUGGAGUUGAAGAUUGCAACUAGGAAUUUCAGGUCUAAGCUGGGGAGCGGAGGAUUCGGCACAGUUGUUGCAGUAAAGAAGAUGGAGGAUUCAAGACAAGAUGAGAAGCAAUUCCGAGCAGAAGUCAGUUCUCUUGGAAACUUACAACAUGCAAAUUUGAUCAGGCUUCGAGGGUUUUGUGCAGAAGGAUCGAGAAGGUUUCUGAUUUAUGAUUACAUGCCCAACGGCUCUCUAAAUUCCUUAGUCUUCACAACUAAUUCCAAAAGUAAACAGAAGGUACUCGACUGGAAGAAGCGAUUUGAGAUCGCGUUAGGUACCGCAAGAGGAUUACUUUAUCUCCACGAGGAAUGCAGAGAUUGCAUCAUUCACUGCGAUGUGAAGCCGGAAAAUAUUCUUCUGGACAAUAAUUUUUCACCCAAGUUGGCUGAUUUUGGGUUUGCAAAGCUUUUGGGUAGAAAUUUUAGCCGCGUCCUGACCACAACAAGAGGAACGAGAGGGUACUUGGCUCCAGAGUGGAUCUCCGGUCUUCCCAUCACUCCCAAGGUUGAUGUAUACAGUUUUGGUAUGACGCUCUUGGAAAUCAUUUCCGGCCCUCCGGGCGAAGAAAUCUUGAUUUAA